AUCUAUAGUGGCUGGUAAAGAAGGCGAUUGAAACCCGGGAGGAGAUGGGAGAUUAUGUCAGGUCAUAUUCCAUUUCUCAGUUCCAGAAAACACAUGCAUUUCCUGAGGAUGAGGAGUUUGAAUUAAGGAAGGAGAGAGCCAUCAGUACUGUGGUGAAUGUGUGUGAGGUUUAUGCUCCUCAGAGGCGUUAUAAACGGCAGGUGGAUGCUGGGGAGCUGCUGGAUGAAGAGUCUCGGGUUCAUUCUACCUUGCUGGAGUUCGGCAGGCGCUAUGGAUUCAGCAAACAGUCUAAAGCAGGCACUGCAGUGGAGCAGAAGCAGGUGUUGGCUCAGGGCACGCAGGGUGUGCCUCCUGGAAUGGCCCAGGUGUCUGAAGAAGAGGACCUGCAGGCAGCAGAGGAGCUCAGAAUCAAAGCCUUGAUGACUGGAAUGGCUGCCAUGGCAACAGAGGAGGGGAAGUUGUCAGCCAGCACAGUGGGGCAGAUUGUUGGACUGCAGUCUGAGGAGAUCAAGCAAAUUGCCACUGAAUAUGCCGAGAAGGCGGAGCGCUCUGUGGAGGAUCGGCCGGAAAGAUUUGGACCUGCGCAGCAACACAGGCGUCAACUGGCGUCACUCAACAAACAAAUCACUCAAAAAACAAAAGAGCUCGAAGAGCUGCAAUCCAAACAGCAGGAGGCUAGAGCAGCAUGUGAGGAUGCUAAAAUCAAACUAGCCGAGGCCACAGCACAGACUGAAAAGCUGGAGAGAGAGCUGAACUCACUGGAGGACGUGGAGUCUCAGGCAGAUUCUGGGUUUCUGGAGAAGCUUCGUGCCUUGGUGGCCAUGAAUGAAAACCUCAAACAUCAAGAGCAAACGUUCCGCUCACACUGUCGUGAGGAAAUGACCCGUCUGCAGCAGAAUAUUGAAGAGUUGAAGCUGGAGUAUGGAGAAGGAGGAGAUGAGAAGAAGGAGAUGAAUAUGUUGAUUGAUCAGCAGUACACUGCAGACAGAGAAAAGCUGCAGAAGAUCCGUCUGCUUAUGGCUCGGAGGAACCGCGAGAUUGCCAUCCUGCGGAGAAAGAUUGAUGAGGUUCCCAGCAGAGCCGAGCUGACCCAGUAUCAGAAACGCUUUAUUGAGCUGUACAGCCAAGUUUCUGCAACACACAAAGAGACAAAACAGUUCUUCACUCUCUAUAACACCCUGGAUGACAAGAAGGUGUACCUGGAGAAAGAGGUCAAUCUGCUGAACUCCAUACAUGAUCAUUUCCAGCAAGCCAUGGCUUCGUCAGGAAGUAAAGAACAGUUUCUCAGACAAAUGGAGCAAAUUGUGGAAGGAAUCAAACAGAGUCGCAUAAAGAUGGAAAAGAAAAGACAGGAGAAUAAGAUGCGCAGAGAUCAGCUGAAUGAUGAGUACUUGGAGCUGCUGGAUAAACAGAGGCUCUAUUUUAAAACCGUCAAGGACUUUAAAGAGGAGUGCCGCAAGAAUGAGAUGCUGUUAUCUAAAUUAAGGGCAAAGGGAGCGUCGUAACAGCUGGAUUUGCACCCCACCCCCCCAUUAAUACAUAACUCCCAAGUAGCACUUCAAAAUACUCAUCACAUUGCCUGAUGUUGGUAUUUCAUUGCAUUACAGCCUCGUGCCGAGAUCACAUCUGCUUUCAGACUGAAUCUCUACUGUUCAGUAUCUUUGUUAGCCUAGAUUCUUCUAGGUUCAGAGAUGAAGCAUGUAACUUAUGUACUGUUAAACUG